AACACACACAACAAAUGAAUUCAUGCCGAGGCUACUUUCUCUGCUGUACUUCUUUAUUCCCAGCAGACUGUGGCUAAAAUGUGUUGGCUGUUGUGAUUACCGUCAUUGACAGCCACGUAUAUAUAUCAUAUAUAUAUAUAUCUAUAUAUAUAUAUAUAUAUGGAGAAAGGAUAGCACCCGAAAUCUGGCUUUACGUACGGACAUGUGAGGUGUGACUAUGGAAGGCCAACAUGCAAAAUACUGUCCAUGCCAGUGGAAUGAUUGGCGACAGGAGCUCAUGCAAACAUCUGCCCAGGGGACGUCAACUUCGAUUCAACCGCUCGGACUGGGUGCAUUACUGUGGAGAGCCGCUAUGGAAAUGAGACCGUGAAGCAGUCACGUUGCAGAUGCUGAAUGAGGAAAAAGACAAUCUCUGGAUCAUGUUGUGGAAGAGGCGUGCCCACUUUGUGGAUAUGACACAGGACUGAGCCAAACAACAGCAUUCCGUGGAGUGAGCACAAAUGCCGCAAUGUAAGCAAAUGUCUCUCUAGUGUCAGUCCUACAAGACAAUCGACAUCUGGAAAGGAUUUCCGUACACAUAUGCGGAUCCAAAGGGGAUGUAGAGGCAAGCUGAUGAAGCAUCCAAUCGGAAUUGGAUCGGUGCCUGUGUGAAAACCAUUGGGUUCCAAGUUGCAGAGAACCGGCAGGGAGCUCCAACACUAAAUGUCCAUUAUGCCUCGGAACAGAGCCUUCUCGGAGCCCGAGUAUUCUGCUGAGUAUUCCGCGGACUGUUCAGUGACUCUGCCCUCUGACCCUGGGCAGGCUGUCGGGCGAACACACGAGGUCACGGUGAGGAGCUCAGGAUGCUGCCUUUGCCUGCCUCGUUUCAUGCGCCUCACCUUUGCGCCAGAGUCCCUGGAGAACCUCUACCAGACCUACUUCAGGCGUCAAAGACACGAAACCUUACUGGUGCUGGUUGUGUUUGCGGCUCUCUUCGACAGCUACAUCAUUGUUAUGUGUGCGGUGGUCUACACUAGUGACAAGCUGGCAUCUGUUCUUGUGGCGUCCGCCGGGCUGCUAGCAGACAUCGUCCUCUACCUGCUGUGCCGCUUCGGGCUGCUGCCAGAUCGCAUAUCAAGGCGAGUGGUACCCUACGCCCUGUGGGUGCUCAUCGCGGCCCAAAUAUUCUGCUACCUGGGUUUGAACUAUGCCCGCUUUCACCAGGCCAGCGACACAGUGGGCUGGCAGGCUUUCUUCAGCUUCUCCUUUUUCCUGACUCUGCCUUUGAGGUUGACUCCCAUCGUGCUUAUCACGACCGUCACCUGCGGGGUUCACACCCUGGUUCUGGGUGUCACCAUCGCCCAGCAGCAGCAGGAGGACAUCCAGGGGGCAGCACUUGGCAGACAGCUCCUGGCCAACAUUGUGAUCUAUGUUUGUGCUAUCACCGUGGGUGUCAUGUCGUAUUACAUGGCAGAUCGGAAGCACAGAAAGGCUUUUCUUGAGGCAAGACAAUCCCUCGAAGUCAAACUCAACCUGGAGGAGCAAAGCCAACAACAGGAACGCCUGCUGCUGUCCAUCCUUCCCAAACACAUAGCUGAUGAGAUGCUGCAGGACAUGAAGAAGGAGCCCAGUCAGAAAGAGAUGCAACAGUUUAACACCAUGUACAUGUACAGACAUGAAAAUGUCAGUAUUUUGUUUGCAGAUAUCGUGGGCUUUACCCAGCUGUCAUCAUCAUGCAGCGCUCAGGAGCUGGUCAAGCUGCUCAAUGAACUUUUUGCUCGGUUUGACAAACUAGCUGCAAAAUAUCACCAGUUGAGGAUCAAGAUCCUAGGAGACUGUUACUACUGUAUUUGUGGGCUGCCAGACUACAGGGAGGACCAUGCUGCCUGUUCCAUCAUGAUGGGCCUUGCCAUGGUUGAGGCCAUCUCGUAUGUGCGCGAGAAAACACAAACAGAUGUUGACAUGCGAGUUGGAGUGCACAGCGGUACAGUCUUGGGGGGAGUGCUUGGUCAGAAACGUUGGCAAUAUGACGUGUGGUCCACUGAUGUCACUGUAGCCAACAAGAUGGAGGCUGGAGGAAUACCAGGUCGUGUCCACAUCUCGCAAACCACCAUGGAAUGUCUUCACGGAGAGUUUGAAGUUGAACCAGGGAAUGGAGGUGAGCGCUGUGACUAUCUGAGGGAGAGAGGACUGGAGACCUACCUAGUCGUUGUUUCCAAAGGACCUGUGGGAAAAAACGGCAUCAACAGUGUAAAACUAUCUGUAACUUCGUCUGAUGGAAACUCCCCCCUGCUGAUUAACACCACCGAGUGUAAUGGUAGCAUGAGCACAGCCUGCACCACACCAGAGGAACCUGAAGAACUGGACACAAGGGUGGUAAACCCUUCUUUCCCAAAUCCUCGCCGAAGGCUGCGGCUGCGGGACCUGGCGGAAAGGGUGAUUGAUGCCCAAGAGAACGAACAGGAGCUCAACAAACUGCUAAAUGAGGCUCUGUUGGAGCGAGAGACGGUCCAAGCUUUGAAGGGGAAGCACACAAACCGUCUCUCCCUGAGGUUUGUUGACGCAGACUUGGAGACUCGCUACUCGGUGGAGAAGGAGAAGCAGAGUGGAGCUGCCUUCUGUUGCUCCUGCGUGGUGCUGCUCUUCACUGCUGCCAUGGAGGCCCUCAUAGAUCCCAGGUUGAUUGCAAACUACAUCACUUUUGCAGUGGGAGAAGUCCUCCUCCUUAUCCUGACAAUCUGUUCAUUGGCCGCCAUCUUCCCCAGGGUUUUUCCAAAGAAACUUGUUGAUUUCUCAACUUGGAUUGACCACACUCGUUGGGCUCGUAACACCUGGGCCAUGGCAGCCAUCUUCAUACUUACCAUGGCUGACAUUGUUGAUAUGCUGAGCUGCCUGGCUCAAGGUCCUAAAUCAGUCAGCACCUCUGUGGCAUCCCCUUCCUCCUCGUCCACCUGGUCUAGCCCUGAAGGUUGUCUGAACAACCCCAAAUAUUAUAACUACAUUGCUGUACUAGCGCUUAUGGCCACCACCAUGCUGGUUCAAGUUAGUCACAUGGUCAAGCUCACACUGAUGCUGCUUAUCACAGUAGCUACCGGUGUGGUUAAUAUAUACAGCUGGAGGGACAUCUUUGACCGCUAUGACAUGGCCCGCUUUCAGGAUUACAGGUCAUAUCUCGUGCCCUCCAAGUUGACCAUGACAAUUAUGAUCUUCAUUAUGAUGGUCAGCUUUUAUUAUUUCUCUCGACAUGUGGAGAAGCUUGCUCGGACCCUAUUCCUGUGGAAGCUUGAGGUUCAUGAGCAGAAGGAGAAGGUAUAUGAGAUGAGGCGAUGGAAUGAAGCGCUGGUGACCAACAUGCUUCCUGAACAUGUUGCUCGACACUUCCUGGGCUCAAAAAAAAGAGAUGAGGAGUUGUACAGCCAGUCAUACGAUGAGAUCGGAGUCAUGUUUGCCUCCAUCCCAAAUUUCUCCGACUUCUAUACGGAGGAGAGCAUCAAUAAUGGAGGCAUUGAAUGCUUACGCUUCCUCAACGAGAUCAUCUCAGACUUUGACAGUCUGCUGGACGAGCCUCAGUUUCGCUGCAUCACAAAAAUCAAAACCAUCGGAAGCACCUACAUGGCAGCAUCAGGUGUUACUCCUGAUGUUAACAAUGGGUACACCUGUAUGAAGAAGGAGGAGCAGUCGGACAAAGAGCGCUGGCAGCACCUGGCAGACCUGGCGGACUUUGCGCUAGCCAUGAAGGUUACGCUCAUGAACAUAAACUACCAGUCAUUUAACAACUUCAUGCUACGAAUCGGUCUGAAUAAGGGAGGAGUUUUAGCGGGAGUGAUUGGUGCGCGCAAACCUCACUAUGACAUCUGGGGAAACACAGUGAAUGUUGCCAGUCGUAUGGAGUCUACAGGGGUGAUGGGAAACAUUCAGGUGGUGGAGGAUUGCUACAACAUUCUCAAAGAGUAUGGCUUCCGCUUUGUGAGGAGGGGACCUAUCUUUGUGAAGGGAAAAGGGGAGCUCCUCACUUACUUUCUGAAGGGAAGGGACAAACAAGGUUCCUUUCUAAAUGGCUCUUCAGUCACACUUCCACAUCAAGUUGUGGACAGUUAAACCCAAAAAUUAACGUAAUAACAGCAAACGAAUGCUAAAUUCAGAGAGGUUGUGGAAAGAACAUUUGAAUGAGAAGUCAUUUGCCUUGAAACCAUGAAAUGCCCUCAUACCCUUGACACUGCCUACACGUUUCUGUGGAAUCACAUCUUUUUGCAGGCUCUGCUGUAGACAAUGUUGAUAACUCCAAUUAAAUUCUGCGGACAUGCUUAAACAGAGAUCUUUGUCAACAGGUCGUUCAUUACUGGAGAUGUUUUCACCUCGAUGGGAACCAAUUCCUUCUUUUGACGCCAGUAGAGAGGAUGUAUUUGUAAUUCAGUGUCAUGGUGAACUAGAUUUGUUUGUUAUGGGAUGGGAUACUGCUGGAUUGGAAUUCUGGAUUUACUUCUGUGUGAAAAUGUACAUAAUAUAUAAUUAUGUACCAGUACUAUAAACAUUUGGCUCUUCAUUCAAGUGAUAACCGUAAUUUCUCGUGUAUAAUGCGCAUUUCCCCCCCCCCCCCCAAAAAAAAAUGUCAAAAGUCAAUAGUGUGCAUUAUACAUGGGUAUAAAGGAAAAUGGGCGAAAAAAUUCACAUUUUAUAAAUGUAUGCCGCCACCUAGAGGUUAUGAAAAAGGUGUGGCCUACACUUUCACUCCAAUAUGACCGGGGUACGUAUGUAUGACUGCAUAUAUAUACAGUUGUGCUCAUAUGUUUACAUACCCUGGCAGAAUAUGUGAAAUGUUUCUUUUUUUAAAUAUGACUGAUGACCGAACAACAACCAUCAUUAAUUUCUUUAUGGUUAUGUUUUGUUUAAUGAUAAGGCUUUUCUGAAAUGCUUGACCGUUUAAUUUCAUCCAUCCAUCCAUCCAUCCAUUUUCUGAGCUGCUUCUCCUCGCAAGAGUCGCGGGCGUGCCGGAGCCUAGCCCAGCUAUCAUCGGGCAGGAGGCGGGGUACACCCUGAACUGGUUGCCAGCCAAUCGUAGGGCACAUAUAAACAACCAUUUGCACUCAAAUUCACAUCUACAGGCAAUUUAGAGUUGUCAAUGCAUGUUUUUUGGGAUGUGGGAGGAAACCGAAUUGCCCGGAGAAAACCCACGCAGGCACGGGGAGAAGAUGCAAACUCCACACAGGCGGGGCCGAGGAUUGAACCCCGGUCCUCAGAAAUGUGAGGCAGACGGCCGCCGUUUAAUUUCAAUCCCAUUAAAAUAAAAUUAAGUGUGUUUCGCCUGGCCUUUCAUGUUUUCUUUAAAGAAUUGUACCCAUCUUACAAAUUAUGCCUAGGUAAUCAAACAUAUGAGCACAACUGUGUGUUUCUAAUUUACUAAAUAAAAGUAGGGCUGUGAAUUUCAAAAUAAGAAUAAGUAAAUAAAAAAGAAAAAAUUACGUGUUCAAAUAAAGUGCUUAACGUCAGAAGAAUUUUUUGAAAAAAAACAACAAAAUACAGCUAAUACUUCGUUUUAAUCUCGUGGGUAGAAGGAAAAUCAUGCACUGUAAAAAUGCAUUAUACAUGGGUAGAAGGGUUUUCCAGAAUUUUGAGGUCAACUUUGGGGGUGCGUAUUAUACAUGGGUGCGCAUUAUACAUGAGAAAUUGUGGUGAAUAAUUGAGGUAAUGGUGAUGAAAUAUGCAGACAGAAAUACUAAAUGCAAGAAAGGUGUGAUUUCUAAAAACAAAAAACAUAGACUGGAAUCACACUGUGACUUUUAUGUGCUAUGCGCCUUUAAGAUAAAACUAUCUACACUUAGUAUACAAAAAUAUUUGACCUGAAGCGAGCUGUCCUGGGGAGCGGGGGCAUUCAUGGGUGUGUAUGAUAGUGUGUGUCUGUAUUGCUCAAUUUCCUCAGUCAAUGGAUUGUUUCCCCAUGCUCUUGGCUGGAGAAUAGGUUAGCUCAGUCAGUAAUCUCCUGUCCUCUCUGCUCAUGGAUCUCUAAAGCACACUUACACUGCUGGCCUGGGCCAUGAAUAAUAGGUAAAACUGUGUUUGUUUUUUUGGACCGAGUGAAGCCACACAGCAGAGAUAUGUUUUACGCAUUGUGGGUAGAUAGAAGUGCCUAUCACAGAUGUGAUCACAAAAUUUUAGAUGAAGGAUUCCACUAUUCCAAGUCCGCUAGUCCUGUCCAUUGACUGUGCUUUUAAAGGAUAAAUGCAGUUUAUUAUGACAGCGUUGGUUUUUGUUCUACCAAUUUGAUAAACAUAUACAGUGAGCUUUGUAAACUAGUCCCCACACUAUCAGAAACAGAUGAGGGCUGUUAUGACUGUGAAAACUAUAUAAUUGUUUAAUCGCCCCAUCAUAUUUUUAUAUAUACACAAUAAAUUGAUGGAUAACUAGUUUUGAAAACAUAAGGAUAAGUUUGUACAGCUAUUGUUCAAGUUACUGUAAAGAGGGUUUUGGUAACAAAAAUUGACUGCAAUAUCUCAAUGUUAUUAUUAAUUACAUAUGACAAUUUGAAAUUUUGGUACAGAUUUCAGCAAGAAUCAUGGAGGCUGGCAGACAAAAUUUGCUUUUACAGGUCACAUACAAUGAUGUGGCGGGCUGGAUCUGGCCCCCAGGCCUUGAGUUUGACACCUAUAAAAUAAGGCUUCCAAAUGGGAAUUUCCUUAAAAUGGGAAGAAUAAACCAAAUACAGUAAAUAUAAAAGAAAUGCAAACAAAAGGUUUGAGUGAGAAGAUUGUGAGUUGGUGCAUCAAUCUUGUUAAAUGUCUUUUUCAAAAAUAAUGUAUAAAAAAUCUGAACCAAUAUUAUUCACACUUGUUCUUGUUUGGAAACACAAUAUCUGUUUGCCUGGUUAUCGUCACCACUUUCUUACUUCACUGAAAAACCACUUGCAGCACUCACAAAGCUGGACUGAAUAAGCGAAUUGGCUGAGUUGUCACACGGAAGAAGGUAUAGAGCAUGCGAUAUGUCCAUUUUUGGUGUGCUCGACCGUUUAAUCAGCUGGCCAAUUUAAUCAGCUGAUAGCCCUUUUCGGAUUGGAAAAAAAUCUGAUGAUUUUAUUUUUACACAUUUCAACAUAAAACAAAAAUCAUGAAAAUCAAAUGAAGAUAGAAAUCUGUAAAAAAUGGAAAAUAGAUCAGCCUUUUUUUCCAAAUGUUUCGCUCUGUUGUAAAAUGAAACAAAUGCUAAAGAACAAAGUAUUGUAAAACUCAAAUAUUUUGCCGUUAAUUCCUAUCUUUAUUGUAAGUGUUAAGGGACCAAAAAAAAGAAGUUAUUUGAUUUCUUAUAUAUUUUUAAAUUAAUUGGUUAUCGGAAUUUUAUUCUGACAAAAAGCUGUGCAGGUUAACAAACAAAAAAAAAAUUCCCCUCAAAGUUGGGUUGGUUAAAUUUAUCAAAGCACUUGUCAAAAUCUGAAAUAGGUCCGGCUCCAUACAGAAAGACGCCUGGUUCCGUAUCGGGAUUGCAGUCUGCCUAUUGAUCAACUCUGGUUUAGAUCAUCAAUGUUACUUUUUUUCUGUGUGUGAAUAAUAUCCCUGUCAUUUGGGGAAUCUGAAAAAAACAAGAGCCACGCAGUAAUAAGCUAUAUUUCCUUUAACAUCAUGGCAAGGAUAUGGACAAGAAUCUCAUUCAGCGGGACAAAAUAAGUCAACUGAAUGUGUUUCCACUAUUUCCACCUGUUAUUAUUUUGAGCUCUAUAUCUGGAUGUGGAUUCCAGAUUUCUGGUGUUGUGCUUACACCCGAAUACUUAACAGGUGGAAAUGUGAUCUCAUCUAUUUGAAAUAAUUGGCUACCCUCUGUGUUUCCUUUUUGUUUUGACCAGUGAUGUAAAUAACUACAGUACUUUAAAUAUUAGACCGCUGGCAAACAAACAUUUGAACCACUGGUGGAAAAUAAUGUAAUAAUACUAACAAGGGUACAAUUCGGAGGUACCUGCACUUUACUUGAGUAUUGAAAUUUAUUUGUGCCAUUUAUCUACUUUAGAUUCUCUCCAUAAAUUUGACAGCUUUAGUUACUUCUCAGGUCAAAAUUGUACACAAAAGCAUUCAUUGUACACACAAUAACAUCUUUUUGUCUAAGUAGUCUUCUUUGUGACCUCUUUAACAGAAUGUGUAUUGUUCCUGUCAUGUUUAAUUUAUUAAGAUGUCCUGUAAUAAUGAUAUUUCCACUUAUGUUUUAUAAUAUUGACAUAAUAAAAUAGGACAACCCAAGGUUUGACACACACUAAAACAAAAAAGUUGGUUUUAUGCAAAGUAAAGUACUUCAAAUUAUCUUUGCCUGAAGCAGUCUUUUUGGGAAGAUUUCAGGCAAAACCAGUACAUACAGUAUGACAUUAACCACCAGUCCAGUUUUACUGAAGAAAAUAUUCUAAGUGCUGUACUUUUACCACAAAUAACUUCAUGUAUUUCACAGAGAACCUUUUGCUGUAAGUUUGUCAAUAUUUAAAAUUUGCAAGAAAAUGAAAACAUUUCUGCGACCUUCAAUAGGACAAAUGAGUCAGCAAGCACGUGCAGUGUUUAAAACGUGUUUGCAAAGAUGAGAACGUCCUUCUCCAUGAAGUUGCCAUUUUAGAUGUACAAGGUAUAUCAUGGCAGCAAAAAAACAGGAGAGUUAGUAAACGUAAAUUUUGAGUCAAUGUGUUUAGGAAACCUCUGCUGUAGAAUGGGAUCAAAGUGCAAUAGUGUCUUCUACAAACCUUGACAUGCUCUUUUAAGAAAAGGUUAAGUCAUUCCUUGCCCUUUAAUUCAUAUUUUUAUAAUGUCAUGUGAAAUUGUGCUCAAUUUAAAAGAAGAGAUUGUGUGUUGUACAUAAGAGUCAAAACAGUAUUUAUGGUUCAGAUGAAUUUAUUACCAACAACUGGGACAGUUUUUAUGUGUGGAAGUGCCAAUGAUCAUGAAAUAACUGGAUAUUAAAGCCAAAACAUGGAUUUGAGAUUGUUUCCUUAUUUGUAUUUUUAAAAGGAUCUGUGAAACAAAAUAGCACUUUAAAUACUGUGUUGAUUCCAAAUUUUACAUUGCAACUUCUACAACUCCAGCAAAUAGCACCAAAAGACGACAGUACAUAGAUUUCCCCAAGUGGUUCUAGUCACCCUUCAUGUCCUAAUUUUCUCUGACUUGACCCUUGACUUGAUAGCAAUGAGCCAAUUGUUGUUUCCCGAUUGAUUUAUAUUGUAGACAUCUAUCACUUAUUUUGAUCCCGAGAUUGCUUUUUCAUUUGAAGUACUUCUACUGUUACUGUAAGUCGAUGUUUCCUUGUUCAUUUCAGUUGUCAUAAUAAAGUGAGUUGAUUUUUUUUCUAAA